AUGGCUGAGUCCACACAUCACAAAGAGUUUCGACCCAAGAUCCAGACCCUAGAGAACAACCCUCUUUCACAUUUACUUCCAUAUGGCUCUUUAAUACUUGCGUGCAGCAUCAUCUGCAUAGUUCUUCUUACCAACUGUCUUGAACGAUGGAUCCUACCUCGAAUCUACAAGAACGUCUAUCACACCCUCGAGAGCACUAAAGAUGAAAGACGACGACGUUCCUUCGUCUACUUCCACGUUGGCGCCAUUCUCCUUAUUGGCAUUCUUUGCGCAGGAAUUUAUCCCAUAAUAUGCUUCCUCAUCGGCAGUGCCAAGUUCUCAACACUCCUCAGCAAAGGGAGUGCUGUUACAAUCGGAGAUAUUUUGCUUGUUCUUUCCGAGAUCUACUGCGGAUAUUAUAUCUUCGAGAUGUGUUUCCGAACAAAGUUUGCAAGCCCCAUCAGCAUUGCACACCACACUGGGCUCCUUAUCAUCACUCAAACGGCCUUGAGUCUCUUUGCCGACCCAGACAAGCAUCGCGAAGCGACCUUGGAAUUUUACAUGUGCAUGGUUUGGGGAACCUUCGAUGUCGUAGUCGAGUUGCCCAUCUUCCUUUCAAUGAUAAUCUGGCGAGUCAAACGCGACAACUCGGCCUUGCUAUCUCGACUAGCCUACGGAUGCUGCAUUUGGGCAAUUGUAGCCGCCAUAACCGAAAGCGUCGUCACUAUAUAUCUUCUACACAUGUCCUGGCAUCGCUGGGGCAUCGAAUGGCGCAUCAUUACUCCUUUGGUGUUCUCGUUAUGGAUAACUACACAGUUCUAUGGGGCGUCUCGAUUGUAUGCGAUGGGUCGUGCUGAGCGGCGAAAGCUGCACUUCAAAACAGAACGGCCGUUCUCAGCGUAA